AUGUCCACAUCACUCAUACGACAAAGUGUCUUCCGGGCGGUAGCCAAGCCUUCGAUGCUUAGAGCAUCCGCUCCUGGAUUGAUGCUCGCUCAACGACGAUUCGCAUCUACCCAGAAUAUGACACCCGCUGAAAGUGUCGCUUUCCUCAACGCUCAAAGACAACAUCGACCCAAUUCUCCUCACGCUCAAAUCUAUCAACCUCAGAUCACAUGGAUCCUUUCCAUCGCCAAUCGAGUAACUGGUGUCGCGCUUUCCGGAGCACUCUACGCCGGUGCCCUCGCAUACCUCCUGCAUCCCGUGUUCCCUGUCAUCGACUCUGCUCACCUCGUGUCUAUCAUCGCCGAUCUUCCUACUUGGGUGAAGGGCGGUCUCAAAUUCCUUUUCGCUGUGCCAUUCACCUUUCACACCUUUAACGGAUUGAGACAUUUAGGAUGGGAUAUUGGAAAGGGUCUCACCAUCAAGGGUGUUUACGCUACCGGAUACACUGUUAUGGCCGCUACCGCCAUUUCAAGUAUCUACCUCGCAUUCUUUGUAUAA